UAUGAAAUCAACCUCAAAUUACAGCUAGUUUCUACAUUGUUUUUCCCAAAGAAAUGGCAAAGCGAGAGUAAUCACUGAGAUAAAGCCAAACGGCGCGGUAUAUCCGAGGUACCCAAUUUGAAAAUUCAAUUUUUUUUAAAGGCUUUGGAUUGUCCGAAGUUUAGGAGUUUUGAGCUUUGGCUCCAGUGAGAUGGCGACGCCGGCAUAUCCAGACUCCGACUCCCGAAAAUGGAGAGAAUUUCGCAUUCGGAUCCCAACCAGACGGCGGAAACAUUGAACAUCGCAGCUCCUUCCCGUUCAGCGGCCUUUCCCCUCCUCUGCUUCGCCGGAAAUUCAGCCUUUGGCGCUCUCGUAGGUUCCAUCUUCGGAUACGGUAAUGGACUGAUAAAGAAGAAGGGAUUUAAAGGAUCUUUUGUGGAGGCAAGAUCUUCUGCAAAGAGAUUUGCAGUGUCAUCUGGAGUUGAUAAUUUGGUUCUUUACCAACUGAAUAUGCUGAGAGGAAAAGAUGAUGUUAUUAAUGCUGGAGUUGCAGGGUGUUGCACUGGUCUUGCUCUUAGUUUUCCAGGUACACCUCAGGCUCUAGUUCAAAGCUGCCUCACAUCUGGGGCAUUUGCUUUUAUCUUUGACGGCCUUUACAGGAAGCUUGCACCAGCAAAAGAAUCUUCCUCUACCAAUUCAAAUGAGCUUAGAGAAGAGAUAAAUGGAGAACUCUGAAUCGUGCAAUGAACAUUCAAUCCUCAAGGUUUGUCUGUUGUAAUAACUAAUAACUUCCUUGCUGGGUUGCUACCAUAUUGUGUUUGGAGAGUUAGACAGGGAGAAGGUGAGUGUUCAUAGUGUUCUAUAACCACUGCAUUACUGCAUUUGGAAUGUAAUAUGAUGGGAUUUUGAUUUCAAUAUAUAUAGUGUGUAUCUAGUUAUUACGAA